CAACAUUCAAAACGCUCCUGUUGGUUUUCUCAAUUUAAAAAACAUAUCAGAGAAGAAUUUCUCACUCAAAGGGAUAGGAUGUAAUUAAUCUAGAUGCUGGUGACAGAAUUUCCCUUCCCUUGAAUUUGUGCUGGUACAGAAAUCCAACACAGCUAAAAAAAAAGAAAAAAAAAAGUGUUUUCGUUCUUCAAAGUCACAGCUGAUUUUUGGAUUCUUAUUGCCAUAUAUUUAUGUAGUCCACUGCACAAUUAAAAGACAGGCCGGGGACCUGCUAAAUACAAGCCAUCAGGCUUCAGCCUAGGGGAGGAUGGGUUUUCUUCCAAAUGAUACAAUAGAAGUGAUAGCUCAAAGCAUUGGUAUAAACAAUUUGUCUCCAGAUGUUGCCCAAGCUCUUGCUCCAGAUGUUGAAUAUAGAUUGCGUGAAAUUAUGCAGGAAGCUGUCAAAUGUCAGAGGCAUUCAAAGCGAACUAUUUUGACUACUGAGGAUGUGGAUAGUGCACUCAGCCUCAGAAAUGUGGAGCCCAUUUAUGGCUUUGCUUCGGAAGAUCCUUUGAAAUUUAAAAAGGCACUUGGGCAUGCAGAUCUAUUUUAUAUUGAGGAUAAAGACUUGGAAUUUAAGGAUGUUGUUGAAGCACCUCUACCAAAAACACCACUGGAAACUGCAGUGGUAGUCCACUGGCUGGCCAUUGAAGGAGUGCAGCCAGCCAUUCCUGAAAAUCCUACAUCUGGAGCGCUUGUAGUUCCUUCAGAAAAUAAGAAGACUGAACACGACAAGGAUCAUGGCCUUCCUAUUGAUGUGAAACUUCCUGUUAAACAUGUCUUAUCAAGAGAACUCCAGCUAUACUUUGAGAAAAUUACCGAACUCAUUGUUACACAAGCUGGCUCUACCUUAUUCAAGGAAGCAUUGGUUAGUUUGUCUACAGAUUCUGGACUUCAUCCAUUGGUCCCAUAUUUCACUCAGUUCAUUGCAGAUGAGGUAACCAGGAGUUUGGGCGAUUGUACUCUUCUUUUUGCAUUGAUGCGUGUGGUGCGGAGCCUUUUACACAAUUCACACAUACACAUUGAGCCUCAUUUGCAUCAGCUUAUGCCCUCUGUCAUUACGUGCCUCGUUGCCAAAAGAUUAGGAACACGAUUCACUCAAAACCAUUGGGAGCUUAGAGAUUCCACAGCAUAUCUGGUUGCAUUUAUAUGCAGACGAUUUGGUCAUGUGUACCACAAUCUUCAACCACGGGUGACAAGGACUCUUCUUCAUGCAUUCCUUGAUCCUAAGAAGGCAUUGACGCAACACUAUGGUGCUAUUCAAGGCCUUGCAGCUAUGGGACCUAGCGUGGUGCGCUUACUGAUAUUGCCAAAUUUGGAACCUUACUUAAAACUACUAGAACCAGAGAUGGUACUUGAGAGUCAGAAAAAUGAAAUCAAGCGUCACGAAGCUUGGCGUGUGUAUGGUGCUUUAUUGCAAGCUGCAGGUCGAUGCAUAUUUGAGAGGGUAAAAUUGUUUCCAGGUCUUCUAUCUUUACCUGUCCAUUCUACACUAGAGAGUUCUAUAAAAGUGGCGACAACAUUUGAUCCUGAUACAGCUAAAGGCAUUGUUUCUCCAGGAAAUCUGUCAAGCACAUUAAGAAAGCGUAAAGCUAGUGAAGUUUUUUCUUCACAACAUUCGUCAAAGAAAACAGCUACUGAUGGAUCUGUUGCUAGCUUUUCAACUGAAUCUUUGCCUGAUUCUAUUGGAGCAACAUCUGAAGGUCAGGCCGUUGUCAAACUAGGAGAGUCGACUCUGGUUAAGGUCACUGGACAAAAUUCUGAUGAAAAUGUAACAGGUAACAGUAGAAGGGAAAAGGGAUUGCUGAACAAGAGUGAAAGGGCUGGGAGUGUUCUUGCUCAGGCGUGGAAAGAAGAUGCUGAUGCAGGGCAACUAUUAGCCUCUCUUGUUGAUUUGUUUGGGGAAGGCAUGCUAAUGUUCUUUGCUUCAAGCGACAUGUCGCUUUUCUUGUAAGAUCCAAGAGAUCAUUUAUCUUUCAAUUUCUCUAAGUGCAUCCAGAAGUAGAUUUUUUCUCCAUGACUUAGAUUCUCAUUACAAAUAUUUUAUCAGUAUGGAGCAUGGCUAAUUUCUGAAAUUUAUUAAUAAUUUUAGAAAUCAUUGAUUGUGCAUUCCUUGUUAUAUGAUGUAUGAAAAUGAGGCAUGCUUGAAGAUUACAUUCUGGUUGAGAUCAAAUCUUUUGGUAAAACAUUGUGAUAUAUUUGAUCGCAUUAUAUUUCAAAAUCUGCACUUAAUGUCUGGAACUGGUUCAGAAUAUUUCUUUAGAGUCAUACUCACAGAUAUGCGGCUUAUUCGAUUACUGAGAAGCUUAGAUAAGUCUUCAUUCCUAGUUUGAAAGGGAUAUGAAGCCCAUCUUGAUAUUCUGUAUUUUGUUCGCAAUUCAAUGUAAAUAAAAAUAUUUGUAAAACAA